CCUCAAUGGCACUGCAAAACACAUUCUACUGCACUAGUCACCGACUUGAAACCCUUUGCAAAAUGCUCACGGCUCUAAAAAUGUAUUUCGGAUGUCCGGGGCCGCAUGCUGCUGGGCAGCGUGUUCACUCUUUUAGUUCACCUUCCCGCACUGGCAAACUUCAAACCCACGAUUACACUCAUUCUUAGUCACGCCAUCCCCCGACUUUCGGGCAUUUAUCAAUUUCACGGGACUGCAAGCAUAUUAGAACAAUCUCGAACAAGUACUAGGAGUUACCACUCCCAGAGACCCAUCCUUAAGGCUUGCACUAGGACCAACAGCAUAUCCAACGGAUCUGGGCCAGGAUCAGUAGCCCUGCAUAUCACUCCAGUCACCAGAAGGACAAUGGUUGACAACACUUCUCUUCACCCAGCCACGCAAUUCCCUUCAGUCGGUCCCCGAGUCGAGAGUAGGAUACCCGCGAACUCUGAUAGCGGUGACCCGCCAGGGGAAAUGCAAGCCAGCGAGACGGCAGAGAUGCGAGAGGUAAGGCUGGACCUGCCCACGGUGACCUGUGUCACACACAAAAAAACUCAUCGCUCACGUUGUAUUAUUUCCCCCCCUUUCCAGCGUCGAAGAGCACAAAAUCGACUAGCCCAACAAGCUUUCCGCGCGCGGCAAAAGAUCAGGGUCGAGGCGCUGGAGAACGAGUGGGCCCAGCUGCGACACCUGCACGAGGCCCUGAACCAGGCCUGCUCGCAACAGGCCCAGGAGAUCAAACAGCUGCAAUCGCGGGUCGACGAGUUGCUCCACAACAUCGAACUGCUGAAAAACUCCCAGGAGGUCGAGAGGACGUGGUCCUCGUCCCCGACGACCCCGGAGCAACAAUACCCCCAGACAAAUGCAAUGACACUGGCCGAGGCUGAACUACGGAAUUUCUUCACCGAGGGUGGAGGCGCAGAGUUUCCAGACUUUCCAGAGUCGUAUAGAUCGCAUUACACUACCUAGGCAAGGUUCUUUCGCCUUUAGUCAAAGGAAGCACCUUCUGAGCAGAUGAAGAUAUUUAAACGAUGUAUUACAGACCUGUCGGUCGGCAUAAGAAUGUGAUCCGCGGGUUUGGGAUGGCUCCUGGGCGUUUUGCGCCUCCCGCCAUCCUAAACCCACGAUCCAGGUGGAACUUUGUAUUAUCUAGGCGUGGCCAUCUCGCUCUUAUCAUAUCAUAUCUCAUCUAGA